AUGGAUUCAACUGACCAUGAAGGCCAUGGAGGUAACUCGACAUGCAAUUCUCAUAUGCUUUGGAAUUGGGAAACCAAAAAUGUUUGCAUUGUUUUCUCUUGGUGGAGUGUAAACUCUAUUCCUAUCUUGAUUCUUUCUUGUCUUAUCGUUCUUCUACUUGCAACAUCCUUUGAAGUUUUGAGAAAUUUAUCAAGGAAAUAUGAUCGAAAAAUUUAUUCUGCUGCGCAUAGUGAAUUAGAAGAGGGUGAAGGUGAUUCUUCGAAUAGUUCAGCUGCCAAUAAGAAUCGUUUUAUCAGUAUUAUACUUGGAGCAGGUUUAGGGUAUUUUUUUUUCGGAAAACAUACUAUUUCGGGAACAUUAAUUGGAGAAAGGGAAAUUGUGGGAUGUCAUUGA